CAUCGAGUAAUCAGCUAGUACUGAACAAAUUGUUUCAUAAACUGAAGCCAACUCCUGCAGGAAGAUCUUUUUAUUCCCAGUGCAGGUGCAGCUACUAGCUUACCAUAUGAAUUAGUCUUUGAGACUCAAACACGUACAAGUAGUUACCACAAUGCGCAACAGACACAAAAGACCUCUAAACUCAACCCUCAAAUCUCUGACUAAAGCAGGAAAACUAGAUGAGGCCCUUCGAGUAAUUGAAUCCUCACCGUCCAAAUCUGUGGCGUCUGAGCCAGAUCUUGAAGCCUACUCUCUUUUCCUCCACUUCUGUAUCUCUAGGAAAUCCUUAGAAAAUGGCCAAAGGCUCUACUUGCACCUUCUCCUCUCUAGAGAUAAAGGCAAUUAUGAUUUUCUCAAGAACCCCACCAUAAAAACCAAGUUCAUCACGCUUUUCUCAGUUUGCGGCCUAAUUGAUGAGGCCCUUGGCGUGUUCGAGGAUGGACUUGAACAUGACCUUGUACCCGAAUCCGUCUGGGUGGCAAUGGCUAUCAGGUUUUCAAAAAAUGGGUAUUCGAAAGAAGCUUUACUUAUAUAUUGUGGCAUGUCGUCCCGCUUAGUUCAACCGGGUAAUUUUGCAUUUUCGAUGGCCUUGAAGGCUUGUGCAGAUUUAUGUGAACUGCAGGUUGGUAAAGCGGUCCAUGCCCAGAUCAUGAAGUGUAAUGAAGAACCAGAUCAAGUGGUGAAUAAUGCUCUUUUGAGGUUGUAUACUGAGUGUGGGUGUUUUGAUGAAGUACUAAGGGUGUUCAAAGAAAUGCCUCAACAGAACGUUGUUUCUUGGAAUUCUUUGAUUGCGGGUUUUGUUCACCAAAAACAAGUGUUUGAAUCACUGGACACUUUUAGGAGGAUGCAAGGAGAGGGGAUUGGAUUCAGUUGGGUUACUCUUACAACAGUCUUACCAAUUUGUUCCCAACUGACUGCGCUUAAUAGUGGGAAAGAGAUGCAUGCCCAGAUUUUGAAGUCCACUAGAAAACCUGAUGUCCCAGUACUAAACUCACUUGUGGACAUGUAUGCAAAAUGUGGAGCAACAGAUUACUCCAGGAGAGUGUUUGAUGGAAUGCAGAGUAAAGAUUUGACUUCAUGGAAUACCAUGCUGACAGGAUAUGCUGUCAACGGGAGUCUACAAAAGGCAAUGGAGAUUUUUAAUGAGAUGGUUGAGUCUGGCAUUAGACCAGAUGCAGUAACAUUUAUUGCCUUACUGCCGGGUUGUAGUCAUGCAGGGCUUACUGAUGAGGGACGAAGAUUGUUCAAUAAAAUGAAGAAGAAUUUUGGGUUGUCACCAAGUGUAGAGCAUUAUGCUUGUUUGGUAGAUAUGUUGGGUAGAGCUGGGAGAAUCAAGGAGGCACUAGAGGUAGUGAAAUUCAUGCCUAUGAAGCCAAUUGGCAGCAUAAGGGGAUCAUUACUCAAUUCAUGCCAGCUCCAUGGCAAUGUUUCUCUAGGUGAGGCUAUUGCAGAGCAGUUGUUUGAGCUUGAACCUAACAAUCCUGGAAAUUAUGUGCUGCUCUCAAACAUUUAUGAGAAUGCAGGAAUGUGGGAUAAUGUCAAGAUAGUUAGAGACAUGAUGGAAAGAAGGGGAAUGACGAAAGAGGCAGGGUGCAGUGGGGUACAAAUAAAGAAUAGAAUUCACACUUUCGUGGCAGGUGGAGGUUUUGAAUUUCGUAAUUCUGCCGAGUAUAAGAAAGUUUGGAAUCAACUGAUGGAUGCUAUGGAAGAAAUUGGAUAUGUCCCUAAUACUGGUGUUGUACUUCAUGAUGUAAACGAAGAAACAAAAUCAAUUUGGCUCUGUGGGCAUAGUGAACGACUAGCAACUGUAUUUUCACUAAUUCACAGUUCUACCGGAGCGCCAAUUAGAAUUACAAAGAACCUUCGUGUUUGUGUGGAUUGUCACACCUGGAUGAAGAUUGUUUCAAGUGUCACUGGGAGGGUGAUUGUUUUAAGAGAUACAAACCGUUUCCACCAUUUCAGGGGAGGAGCCUGCGCUUGUAAGGACUACUGGUGAACACAUCAUAGUAAGAAAGCAUAAUUAUUUGCAUUUUUUAUA